AGAUUCUGUCAUAAUGAACGGAUCCAGUGUGGCAAAUACAUCACCCAGUGUAAAAUCCAAAGAGGACCAGGGGUUAAAUGGCCAUGAUGAGAAGGAAAACCCAUUUGCAGAGUACAUGUGGAUGGAAAAUGAGGAAGAUUUCAACAGACAGGGGCCUCAUUACCAGAAAAGUGGGCCAGAAGCUGAGAAUUGGUUUUGAUUUAAUCUCCACUAUCCAGGUGGAGGAGGAGCUGCAGGAGCAAGACUUCCUGGACCGUUGCUUCCAGGAGAUGCUGGAUGAAGAAGACCAAGACUGGUUUAUUCCAUCACGAGACCUGCCUCAGGCCAUGGGACAGUUGCAACAACAGUUAAAUGGACUGUCAGUCAGCGAUGGGCAUGAUUCUGAAGACAUUUUGAGCAAAAGUAACCUGAACCCGGAUGCCAAGGAAUUUAUUCCAGGAGUGAAGUACUGAGCUGACAAAGCUUUGAGGAGGACUUACAUGUCCCCACAUCUGGGGACAGCGAUGCACAAAAUGUCAGAGCUGAAGAUGGGGGUGGGGCGGGUAAAGGGUGCACAGAGGGGAUGGGGGGGCAAUGGUUUAACUUGACGCUGUGACUGGAGUAACUAAUGUGCUCGGUCUUACUCUACAAACCUCGGAGUAUUUAUCUUUUGUUCUACUGACUUUGGUUUGGAGCAGUUUCCUGUCGUCAUUAUUAUUAUUAUGAUGAUGAUAAUUAGCUUUUUGAGUUAAGGGAAUUGCAAUCCUUUUCCCCUUUCAUCAGGAAAUGCUGUGUAUGUUUAAACAAAAUAAGCUGGCCAAGAGAAUCUGGUGUUUAAGAAUGCCCUGCUCACCCUGCUGUGUACUCACAAAGAGCAGUGAACACCUGGAGAAUUACUUACCGAGUCUGUUAAGCUGGAUGAGAAAGAGGGACAAGAGGAGGAGGAAUCAUGUGUUGGAAACCGUAGGGCAGAGCCCAGCCCUACCCUGACCCCUGGAGGUUUCUUGAUGAACUGGGAUUACUGAUGGUUUGCCAGCCCAUGUCUCCCUGCCCUGACGUAUUCAAGAAAACACAGACUUAAAAGUGCUGAUUUACAGUAGCUCUUUUGAUAGCUAAUGAAAACUAAACCAGAAGGGGAGGAGUGUCAUGAUGAUUGUCACUUGAGUCAUUCAUUUACUGUUGGUUGACUCUUAAGCCUGUGUUUACAACUACCAUCAGACUUACCAUUUACAAGGUACAAGAGCACUAGGAUGGCUUUGCCACUUCAUCCCUUAUGGUAUCUAGACCCCUCUCUCCUUUCCAUCCCCGCCCUGUUCUUGCUUUUAAGAAAAAAUAUUGUUACCAAAGAUAUAGGAGACACAUGCUGUGCUGGCCUUCACCUUCAGCCUGCAGAAGUCACCCUCGAAUCCAGGUAUAGUUGUGUCUUAAGUUUAUUUUGACAACUGUUUUCCAGCCCCAUGAAGACUCAGUCCUCCUGGUAUCUUACUUCUCAUAGAAAGGUUUAUGCAUGUACUUUUAAAACUAAAUAUGUUUUUCAGGACACUAGCAAGAAGCACAAUCCACAAUCUAAUGCUUUUCCCCACCUUACAGAAUUGUGUAGAACAACUCAAAAAAAGCCUGGAAGAGUAAAGUCCCAAUGGACUCGUGACUGUGACCCAGUGGGAUAGUUUCAGCCAUGAUAAAAUUUUACAUGUA